GAGCAUCUCGCCGUGGACUCUUCAGAAAACCAACGUUUCGCAUUCUUGUUUUCAUAUCGGCUGCAAAGCCACGGACUGCUGGACAGAUAGAGGAUUGUAGGUGUUAGUCUGAUGCAUGUAUGCUGGGCGCAUUUCAGGAUCAUGUCAAGUCAUCGUGGUAACACAGGGCAGGGGCAGCCUGCUCAAGUUUGAGCCUGUCCCAGAAUGCACCAGCUGUUCCGUCUAGUGCUGGGACAGAGAGACCUGUCCCGUGCAGGAGACCUCUUCUCUCUGGAUGACAGCGAGAUUGAAGACUGUCUGUCCCAAGCCCUGGAGGAAAUCAAAGUCAUAUCCUGUUCACCAAAUUACAACAGGCCUCCAGUGAUGGCAUUAGCGGUCCCUGUGGCAGUGCGGUUCUUGCAGCAGGGGAACCAAGAGCUGAGCAGAAACAUGUCCAGCUACUUGUCAUUGGCUGCCAUUGCUAAAGCUGAACUCCUGGCCCAACACACAGAGGCCAUCACCUGCAGCGUGCUGGGAGGUAAUGCCAUGCUGUUGAGAGUGCUGCCAUCUGUGUAUCCACGACAACCAGAGCCCAUCCAUCAACACAUCCGUGAGCUGACGGCGAUGAUGUCCCAGUUGGACCAGGCUGGCAGACAGCACCUGCUCAGACUACUGCAGAUGAUCUCUGACAUUCACCCCCUGGUAUUGUCGUCUUUGGUGCCAUCAUUGAUUGGUUAUGUCAGUGACAGUGAUCUAGGUGACACUGCUUUGGGUGUGUUGGUGAACGUGGCUCAGGCAAGCCCCGCCUCUCUCGUUCCCUUCCUGUCCACGCUAAGAAAUGUGGGUCAGAAGAACCCUUGGUUGCUGGGACACAUUGCUAAGAUCCAUGGGGCAGUGGGUCUGACUAGUGAGGUCCAGGCUCGCGGGGCGCUGCAGUAUCUGGUGUCACUGUUGGCAAGUAUGGAGCACAACGCCCAUCACACACUACUGCUGGAAAUCCGCUGCCUGACCGAUCGCUACACUUCCAUCCUGGGUGGCGGAGGAAAAGACGUCUACCGCAUGAGCAACAGCUUCACCGCCAUCGCUCGACUGCUGGGCCGCAAGCUGGAGGCUGACAGCACACUUAGCAGAGAGGAGGAGAAGGUGCAGGAUUUGUCCAGGCCGUAUGAAGCUGAGUCUGGUUCUGACAUGUUUGCUGAGAACCAGCACCUGCAGGUGAAGAUCCAGGCUUUCGAGCAGAAGAUGGGCGAUGAGGUGGAGGAAUCUGAGGAAGAGGGUGCUUCUCCUGGUCCUCAGAGACGCCACAGUCUGGGUCAGGCAGCGCGAGACGAGCGCAGAGAGAUGAGGUUCAACAGGUCAAAGAGUCUGGCUCUUCACGCUGUACGCACACGAUCCAUUAACUCUGACAGCAGUCCAGAGGGAGAAGGGGUGGAUCUGAACGCAGAACUCGAUGUCUGUGAGACCAUUCCUACUUCAGAGACUGGUUCUGCCCUCACGGCCCUGCAGGAGAACCACAAACUCACAGAGACUCAACCUGACACAUCUCCAAACAGUGAGGGGCAAAAGGUGGUGGCUGGAGAUCCCCGGGAGGGAGAUCGACUCUGGAUCCACCUAAGAGACAACAUGGAAGAAAUCAAAACCUUCUGUGCAGAAAUGAUCAAGCAAAUCCCCAUACCUGAGCACUGUGUCAUUGAAGACUCACAUCGUGGCUGUGUAGCUAAGCUGUCCUUCUCCUGUCCACUGAAAGGACACUACUGCCUGUACGGGAAGUCCUGUUUCUCACUGUGUAGCCGUCAGCCACACCUCUGGAUCCAAAUCAUGCUACUGGCACUGCAGAGUAAAGUGAGCGAGGCGUUGUGCUGUCAAGAUGAGUGUGUUAAGCAGCUAAGGAAACUUUGGGAGAAAACACAGCUGACGGGAGCUCACAGCUUUGAGCUGGCCAUGACUCAGACAACUGUUCCUCACAAGAAGGAUGUGGACAGUUUGCAGAUGUAUCUGGAGGAGGUUCGUUUCUUUGAUCUGUUCAGCUACAGUGAAGAGGAGGGUGGCUGGCUCUGUUUCAUGUGCAGUAACCCUGAGAAAGCCACAGUUGUUAACCAGGACGGCCAGCCACUCAUUGAGGGGAAGCUGAAGGAGAAACAAGUGCGCUGGAAGUUCAUCAAAAGGUGGAAAACACGUUAUUUUACCCUCGCCGGCAACCAGCUUCUCUUCCGAAGAGGAAAAUCAAAGGAUGAACUGGACAACAGCACAAUUGAACUUAGCAAAGUGCAAAGCGUUAAGGUGGUUGCAAAGAAGAGGCGUGACCGCGGGCUGCCCAGAGCCUUUGAGAUCUUCACCGACAGCAAAACCUACGUGCUGAAAGCUCAAGAUGAGAAGCAUGCGGAAGAGUGGCUGCAGUGCAUCAAUGUGGCUGUGGCCCAGGCCAAAGAACGUGAGAACCGCGAGGCCACAACAUACCUGUGAUGCUUGUUCUGCUGAGGAUCCUGUGGGCUUAUCAAGCCAGAUGUGUGUGUCCUAUUGCCACGUUUUUUCAUUAUGACAGUUUAUUAACAUCAGAGACAAAAGUCCUGUCUCAAAUGCCACCUUCAACCUUUGCAGUCAUCCUCCACAUAAAUUCUUGCAAUGGCAAGCCACUAAGACUGUCAGUUGGUCCUUUGUUACGGUAAGCUUGGCAAAGGGCAUCAAGGGCACAUUGUGGCCAAAAAGGAUCCCUCAGGAGAACCCUUAUGAAUCAUGAAAUGAUCAAUGGGACAUCCUACAGUCUUAUGGACUUCUCAGACAUGUGUUAGGAAAGAGCACAAGACCACAAGUCAAUAUCAAGUGCGUCAUUUGGGACAUGACCAAAGAAAAAGUGUGACGUACAAUGAGGCUGAGUAACACUGAGCUGCACCUGUUCUACACUUCGCACUGACGCUCAUUCUAUGGGUCAUAUCUUAACGUUUUGAGAACAGCAAUCGUGAUUUAAUUCAUCUUUGUCUUCCAGAGAAGUAUAGAAGACUUAUUUAGAAUCAGCCAUCACAUACAAUUAGAGCUGUCACAGUUAACAUGUUAACGCAUACGGUAAAUACAGUAAGUUUUAACACUUCAUUAUUUAAACCGUUGCCACAUUUAUUCAGUUUGAUGUUAAAUACUGACUUACUGCCUCAUCCUGUUUUGUGAUUUCGCUUUUUGGUAUUUGUGCGAGAUAAGUGACAUUUAAGCAGAAUCCACAUAAAUUCAUGAAACUAAUAAUUAAAUAGUCUGAUUUUAUUUU